CUCAACCCUUUACCUCCCAUUUCAAGGAGGUCACCCACGAAUGCCCUAAAUAAUAAUUUCAUUUUUGUUUCUUCAUCGUAAAAGAAUGAUGGAUAGAUCAAGAUCUAAGAGGUACUAUUACGAUCAGGACUAUGACCAUAUGGAGACUUUACCUAGAACAAAACAGCGCUACAAUAACAACAAUAACUACAGCGGCGGCCACCAUUACGGUCCUAAUAACCAUCACCAGCGACGGAACAUUGGUGGUGGUGGCGGUGGCGGCGGUGGUGGUGGUGGAGGCGGCGGCCGGAGACCACAAGAUCCUUCUUCUCUUAUGGUUACUACGAGUUACCGGAUCUUGUGUCAUGAUGCUAAAGCUGGAAGUGUGAUUGGGAAGUCAGGUAGCAUAAUUAAGGCCAUUAGGCAACAUACUGGCGCUUGGAUAAACGUCCAUGAGUUGAUGCCUGGCGAUGAGGAGAGAAUCAUUGAGAUCUCUGAUACACGGAGGAGGGAUCCUGAUGGGAGAAUGCCUUCAUUUUCCCCUGCUCAGGAAGCUUUACUUUUGAUUCAUGAGAGGAUUUUGGAGAGUGAUGGAGGUGGGUAUAGUUUGGGGUAUGGAGGAGGUGAUGAAGAUGAAGAUAUUUAUGGGCCGAGAGGGGGUCUGGGUGCCAACAGGUUGGUGACGAGGCUGGUGGUCUCUAGGAUGCAUGUUGGUUGUUUACUUGGGAAAGGAGGGAAGAUUAUUGAGCAAAUGAGGAUGGAAACCAAAACCCAUAUUAGGGUUCUACCUAGAGAUCACACCAUACCACGCUGCGUCGAAAUGUCAGAGGAAAUUGUUCAGGUUGUGGGUGAGAUGACCUCUGUGAAGAAUGCAAUAGAAAUUAUUUCUUCACGAUUAAGGGAGAGUCAGCAUCGGGAUCGUAGUCAUUUUCAUGGCCGGCUACAAUCACCUGAACGGUUCUUUCCUCCUGAAGAGGAUUUUAUACAUCAUCCAAAUAACAUUGCUCGUCGACCAUCAAUGGAUGGACCUAACUAUGGAUCACGGAUACCUGGUGGUUUAAACAAUGCCAGAAGCUUUAAUCAUGCCUCACGUCCAUCCAGCUACAUUAAUGAUGCUGGAGCUAGUCCUGUGUCUGAUAAUGCUCAGCCCCCUUUUGCAGAAGAUCUUGUAUUUCGAAUACUGUGUCCCAAAAACAAGGUUGAUACAGUUAUUGGGCAAUCUGAUGGAUUUAUGGAAUUGCUCCGGGAUGAAAUUGGUGUAGAAGUCAAGGUUGCUGAUCUUGUGAUUGGGUCAGAUGAACAAAUAAUCAUCAUCUCAUCAGAGGAGAGCCCCGAUGAUGAGCUCUUCCCUGCUCAAGAAGCUCUUUUGCAUAUUCAGACCCGGAUAUUGGAUCUUGUUCCUGAAAAAGAAAAUAUUAUCACUACUCGUCUUCUACUCUCUGCUGGUGAAAUUGGAUGUUUAGACGGAAGAGAUGGAUUCUUAUCUGAAACAAAGAAAAUGACUGGUGCAGAUAUUCAGAUUCUACCAAGAGAAAAUCUCCCACAAUUUGUAUCAGUUAAUGAAGAACUUGUACAGAUUGUUGGAGAGAUCAAGGCUGCGAGAGAAGCUCUUGUGGUGGUGACAUUGAGACUACGGAGUUAUCUAUUCCAAGGGUUCUUUCAAAAGGAUGCCCAACCCCCUCCCUUUCAUGCACCAAGCCCUGUGGGGAGUGCUUUGAACUUGGAAGCAGCUUCCAGCAAUAAUACAACUCCUCGGGAAACUUAUGCUGGGAAUGAUGCUACUGUUGCAUCGCAAACCACAGCAGCACCAGUUCCGGCAAAGAUUACUGGGGGAUCCAACAGUGAAGCUGUAAAUCAAAAUGAAAGUGGGACUCGUGAGGAUGCACCAAGUGCAGUGAACAGGGUUGCUGUGCCACUGGUCACAAGGAGUAUACUGGAAGUUGUCAUACCAGAUUAUGCAGUCCCUAAGCUCAUAACAAAGUCGAGAAAUAAGCUUGCUCAGAUUAGCGAACUAUCGGGAGCAAAUGUUAAACUGCUUGAUACAAGCACAGAAGCAGUAGAGCAUAUCAUCCAAAUAUCUGGUACCCCUGAGCAAGCUGAAAGAGCCCAGAGCUUGCUUCAAGGCUUUAUUUUGAGCACCCAAGAAGAUGGGCCUUAAGAGUCGAAUCCAACAAGAACCAGAAGGGAUCACAUGAAGCAGUACAACGAAGGAACGAGCGAAGUCUGAUUAAGAGAACUGCUACUGCUUGUAUGGAUGCAACUUGUAAACUUGUUCAUUGUGUAUAUAAGAGAAUACUCAGCUCGCCGACUCCAACCACUUUGCACGUUCAUUUGGCAGUCAAGAGGGAUGUUAAAGAUUCUUUUUUAGAUCAUAUGAGUAGUAUUGUCUUCACGGAAACGACUACUUUACUUUGUAAAGGUUAAGUGUGUGUACAUCCCAUCCACCAUCUGGACCUUACUUUUAGGUGGGGUAUAUUGGGUUUGUUUGGUGUCCUUUAGGUGCUAUCUUAUUUGAAAUAUGAAGUUGACA